AUGGACGCUCUCGAUUCGAACCCUCCCAUCGAUCUACCUCCACAAAACGACACCACAUCAGAUUACCACAACCAAUCCCAAACCCUUAUUCCUGAAAACGGCAUCAACGGAAACUCAUCUGAAAACGACCAAGCCGCCGCUGCCGAUAACAAUCCACGUCCACGUAUCACAAAUCCGCUUCUCUCCGAGAAUGGUUUGACCGGCAACACCCGAAGCGGAACCGAUAAGGAUCAAUCAGGCGGCGAAGAAGAGACAACCAGCAAGCGCCGCCGUAGAAGUCGAUGGGAUCCACAGCCAGAUUCAAACGAUCAGACUGGCGGCGAUACCGGAACGAAGAAAAGGAAAUCACGAUGGGCAGAUGAUGAGCCGAAACCGGUAAUUCAACUUCCUGAUUUCAUGGGUGGGAUUGAAUUUGAUCCUGAAAUUCAGUCUUUGAAUAGUAGGUUGCUUGAGAUUAGUAGAAUGUUGCAAUCUGGUUUGCCUUUAGAUGAUCGCCCUGAAGGUGCGAGAUCUCCUUCACCUGAACCUAUAUAUGAUAAUAUGGGAAUUAGGAUUAAUACUAGAGAGUAUCGUGCACGUGAGAGAUUACAAAAGGAGAGACAAGAGAUUAUAUCUCAGAUUAUUAAGAAAAAUCCAGCAUUUAAGCCACCUGCAGAUUAUAGACCACCAAAGCUUCAAAAGAAGCUUUAUAUACCAAUGAAGGAAUACCCUGGUUAUAAUUUCAUAGGGCUUAUUAUUGGUCCUAGGGGUAAUACUCAGAAACGGAUGGAGAAAGAAACUGGUGCUAAAAUUGUGAUUCGCGGUAAAGGGUCUGUGAAAGAAGGUAGGCUGCAACAGAAGAGGGAUUUAAAACCGGAUCCGUCCGAGAAUGAAGAUUUGCAUGUUUUGGUGGAGGCUGAUACUGCGGAUGCGCUUGAAGCUGCGGCUGGUAUGGUGGAGAAACUCUUGCAGCCUGUGGAUGAGGUUUUGAAUGAGCAUAAGAGGCAACAACUUAGGGAACUCGCUGCUUUAAAUGGAACCAUUAGGGAUGAAGAGUAUUGUCGGCUGUGUGGUGAACCUGGUCAUCGUCAAUAUGCAUGUCCUACGAGGACUUCAACAUUUAAGAGUGAGGUUGUAUGUAAGCACUGUGGGGAUGGUGGUCAUCCUAGCAUAGAUUGUCCAGUGAAGGGUGCUACGGGGAAAAAGAUGGAUGACGAGUAUCAGAAUUUCUUGGCUGAGUUGGGUGGUACUGUUCCUGAAUCUGCAACAAAACAAACUAGCACUUUGGCAAUUGGGGCCGGCAGUUCUGGAAGCAAUCCACCUUGGGCUAACAACUCUGGUUCGGCUGGUAGUACACCACACCCUGGCUUAGGGUCUGGUGCACUUAAAAAGGAAAUUGAUGAUACAAAUUUGUACAUUGGAUAUUUGCCGCCUACUCUUGAGGAUGAUGGUCUGAUCCAAUUGUUUCAACAAUUUGGUGAGAUUGUUAUGGCCAAAGUUAUUAAAGAUCGAAUGACAGGGUUGAGUAAAGGAUACGGGUUUGUGAAGUAUGCUGAUAUCACAAUGGCAAACAAUGCAAUUGUUGCUAUGAAUGGUUAUCGUCUCGAGGGCCGAACCAUUGCAGUGAGAGUGGCUGGUAAGCCUCCUCAGCCCGUUGUGCCUCCUGGCCCACCUGCGUCGGCUGUGCCCACUUAUCCUGUUCCAAGCCAGCCACUUGGCGCCUAUCCAUCCCAACAAUAUACUGGCGGUGGUCCACUUGGGAGUGCUCCUCCUCCUCCUCCUGGGAGUUACGGUGGUACCCCAGUCCCAUGGGGACCUCCUAUUCCUCAAUACAAUCCUUAUGCUCCUCCUCCACCUGGGUCAACUAUGUAUCCUCCUAUGCAAGGUCACCCUAUGCCUCCUUAUGGUGUUCAAUAUCCACCCAUGCCGACAGGUCCCCCUGGUGCCACGACCCAGCCUGCAACUUCGGGUGAAAUGCAGAAUUACCCUCCUGGAGUGCAGUCUGAUAACAACACAUCCACUCAGUCUGUACCUACCAACAUGUAUGGGAACACAGUACCUUCAAUGCCACCAGCAGCUCCACCAACAUAUCCUGCAUCUUAUGGAUAUCCUCCUCCACCUUACUACAAUGCAGUUCCUCCACCACCUCCUCCUCCUGCCCCUACAGACCAAUCCCACAACAUUGUAAACCCUCCUUGGGCUAGCAACCAUUCUGCUCCACCUCCUCCUUCAUCUGCAGAUCAAUCCCAAAGCAUUGGAAAUGCAGCUAUUCCACCUCCCAACUCAUCGGCAGAGAAGACAUCAUAUGGAGCUGAUUCAGAGUAUGAGAAAUUCAUGGCAGAGAUGAAGUGA